AUGCAGGCGUUCGAGUUUCAGGCCGAUGCCUCUGUCAGUCUGUCCAGCCCAGCGGCCAUCAUUCGCAAAAGUUGCGAUCACUGCUUUCUCAACCGCAAGACUUGCGACAAGGUCCGCGAGGACGCCGACACCGGUGAAAAGUGCAGGCGUUGCGCCAAGGACAACCGCCCCUGCACAUUUACCCCCACCGUCCACCUCUACCACAUUGCCGAUUGUGUUGGUCGCCAUCAGUGCCGUGCCAAGGUCAUCCAGGCCAUGGGUGGCCGCAAGAAGGAGGUUCAGCUCAAGACCAUCGAGAUCCCAAUCGUCUGCGACAUGGACUCGGCCGUCGAUAUGGCUCUGUACGAGUUCAUCAAGAGCCAGCCCAACUUGCUGGUCUACAACAAUAGGAUCAAGUCCUUCCUCGCACAAGAUAUGCUCGGUGUCAACCCUGAUCACGACGAUGUGCCUCCUCUGAAUUUGGGUCACAACUACUACAACCCAAGCGCCGCUGCUCCAACCAAUAUCUUGUUUCCAGUGUCCCCCUCGAAUGCAUCCAAGAGAUCGUUUGUCGGAGAGCCAUCGUCGUUUGGCAGCAACGCCAGCCAUAGCAAUAGCAUAACUGGAUCGCCUUCUCAGGGACCCCAAAAGUUCAGAGUCUUGUCGCCCAUCGAUCCCCAGCAGCAGCAGCAAGUUCAGCAGCAGCAGCGCUCGUUCCAGCAGGCUCAGCACCCACACCCAUAUCAGCGCAAUCAAAAGACAACCUCGACUGACGGCGGACGUUCACCCAGGAAUUCAAUCAGCCCCUUCACUCAGGCCGCACAGAUGUACCAUGCUUCCAAGGGUGCCUCCAUGGUCAACCCUGAUCUCUCGGGAGUUUCUUCAGGUCGCUUGAGCCCCGUCCCUGGCUCGGAUGUUUUCGGUGCCUCGCCCAACGCAAUGGAGAACUACUACGGCAUGUUCCAGCAGUCACUUCAGACCCAAACCACUGCUGAGCCCGUCCAGAAUCACCCUUAUAACCAGGUGUCGCCCUACCCUCAGGCCUUUUUCAACAUGGUCCAGCAGCACCAGCAACAACAACAACAGCAACAGUCCCCUCAGCUGGAGUCUUUGUCUAACUACCGCUCUCCUCGUACCUACCCCACCAGCCCCAGCGCCAACAGCCCCUUGCAGGCGAGCCCUUUGCCACCCAGUCCCUUGGAGCUUUCGAUGGCCAUCAACACCAACUUUGGAUCCUUUGGCAACGGCAGCAACGGAAACCUCCCCAGCUUAUUUGACCAGAGCCUGAGCAUGGGAUUGCAGUCGCCUCAGCAGCCAACCUUUCAUCAGCAUCAACGCCACCUGUCUGUCUCCAGCACCCAUAGCUCCUUGUCUGGAUCGCCCAUGUUAAACUCUGACAACAACAGCAACCUCAACAGCACCCCCGAGCCAGCUUCGACGGUUGUCACCACAUUCAACGGCGAUGGUCAAGAGGUCGGAGUCUACUAUGCGAUUCCAGACGUGAGCUUGAACCCUGGAUUCACCGACUCGGAUCUCUUUCAGGACAUGCCCAUGAGGAACGCAGUUGGCGAGGAGUUCACCUGGGUCGAGAAUCUGUUUGAGGGCACCGCUGAUGAUGCUGGUGGUGCAGGAGGUAUUGCUGGCGCCAACCCCAAUGCGAUGCCCAUGACGGUCCCUGGAGGCAACAUCACCAGCAUCAACCCAAGCGCAUUGUCGACGAGCAAUCUGGCGGAUCAGUGGUCGAGCCAGUAUAGUCCCUUUGGCGAUACCGGUAACGGAAAUGGUGGUACUGGGGGCUUGAACCAUUAG